AUGGUUCUUCAAAACGAUAUUGAUUUGUUAAACCCUCCUGCUGAGCUUGAGAAGAGAAAGCACAAACUCAAGCGUCUUGUUCAGUCACCAAACUCUUUCUUCAUGGAUGUAAAAUGCCAGGGUUGUUUCAACAUAACUACUGUCUUCAGCCACUCUCAAACUGUUGUGGUGUGCGGUAACUGUCAAACUGUUUUGUGCCAGCCAACUGGUGGCCGCGCAAGGCUAACAGAAGGAUGCUCCUUUAGGAAGAAGGGAGAUUAA